AUGCCAAAACGUAUUCCGUUCCACGUUGUUUACGCGACAAAAUACUCACAUCAUCAAGUGUGGGAGAGCCAAGCUUCGGCACGAAUGGGUCGGCUCGACCGGAGUGAUACCACGGCUUCACAGAAUACCGGCGUGCAACAACCACAGUGUUGUGUUUCGCCGUGUGAAGACAGUUCCUAUCCAGCAUGCGAGCUGAACGCCCAAGGUCCGGCGGCGCGCGGCUGGCGCAGCGAGGGCACACCGCCACACGAGCUGCUCCUCCGCCUCGCCCGCGUCACCUCGGUCCACAAACUGCAGCUGCUAGCUCAUCAUCAGCUUAUACCGUCUUGCGUAGAAGUCCUGGUGUCUGGAGGGCUGGUGUCGGAAGGCGCUGCUACUCCGUGUGGAGCCACUUACACCAGUGUGGGGAAGGUUACUCUUGCCAGACCUGCACAGCAAGCUAGGACUCGGGAACUGAGAUCCGCCGCCCUUCCAGAACCAACAAUAGCUCGGUUCGUUAAGCUUAAACUGUCUGGUCCACACCCACCAGCGAAAGAAGAUGAUCAGGUCGCUCUUAUGGCUGUCAACGUCCUUGGUGAAGAAGUGGAAGACACUGAGACUCCUCCAGUGCUGCCUGUCAGUAAGGAACCAGCGUACUCGCCGUAUGAUGACCUGGCCUUCAUCAUGUAUGUGGACAAUGACAUUGCUGACCUGGUGCGGAGUCUGGACGAGAAGAAGAAGGUUGCUGUCAGUGAGGAACGCUUCGAAUACGCUCGUCGUUUGAAAUCAGCGGGGGCGGCGCUUGCCUCAGCCGGCAUUCGUAUUGGUCGGUGGCGAUUGCGCAAGCGCACAGCAGCUGCACGGGAUGACUUCGAGCUGGCGAGGAGGAUGCGGGAUAGGAUAGCGGACGCUCUAUGUGGGGUGAAGGAAGACCCUCAGCUUUGUAGACUAUUUGAGGAGGAUGGACCGGAUCGCCGCAACGACUCCUCGAUGCCGCAGGAGUAUGACUUCUCCCAUCAUCUCUCACCGUCUGUAGCUGCGGGAUCUCUUAGCAUGGACAUACCUUCACCAGUGCCUCCGAUAGAACAGGAACCAGAAGAGAAUGAGAUCCAGGAGCCGGAGUACGUGAAUGGAGAUGAUGAAGAAGAAGAUGUUCAGGAUAUGCAGCCGUCGCCGGAACCAACAUUGCAAGAAGAAAUACCACCAUCGUACCCCGAGCCAGUGCAACAGCCCGUCCAAAUGAUGCCAGAAGAGAACAAAGAAGUACAGAAGAUAGAAGAAGAAGAAUUGAGGAAAGAGACUGACAGUCCUAGGAGGAGUAUCACACCAAAUGCUGCUAAUGGUUCAAUAGUGCGUCGCAGAAAUAAGAGUGCAGGACCACGAUCAACGUUUGAAGCUUAUGAAGAACGGCUACUACCAGCACUGAGGCACUCUCAUACAAACGAGUACCUUCGUGAGGCUCGCGAGGAGGAGUGCAGUGGAGGCAGUGCGGCUACCUCCCACUCCCGCACGGCGCCGCCUCACAAACUGAACGAACGGGAGAGGAAGCACGCUGCGUUACCUAUACUUAUAUUUGGUUACCCAUUGGUAGAAAAGUUCUACUCCAAAAAUUACCUCGACAAAGAAGAAGGCCUGUCUCGUCUCCGUGCGGAACUGUCGUCUCCAUCCAAUGGCAGCACCAAGACUUCUCCGAACAAAACAGCCAGGGCAGCGGCCAUCUUGCUGCAGAGAGCGUUGAGAGACAAGGUGUUCUCUGUCUACAGCCAGGCCAAUGAAGUGGUGAAGGUGCUUUUCAAGGAUUUCGUGCCUGAUAGGGUAUGCGCUGCAGAGGUGGGUCGUUGCCUGGAGAAGUUACUACCGGAGCUGCUUCGUGCGUGUGGGGACCCUGCUCCUCGCGUGCACUCCACCGCUCAGCACACCGUGCUUACUGUGGCUGACUGUCCUCAAGUCAGCGGCUUGACAGUCCGUCGUCUAGCAGAAUGUGGCGCUGCAGGAGCGCAGCACGCAGCCGGCUCAGUGCGCGCGGCCGCUGAACGAAUUCUGCUGGCAGCGUAUGCACGGUCACCUCGCGUGGUCAGGGCACAGCUACCACCUGAUGAUGCAGUUACCAGGAGGAACCUGAUCUACAGACACCUGUUCCAGCAGUUCGAUAGGAUUGAUAUGCAGAAAAUGCUGAAUCAAGCUCCAACAGAAGAACAACUUCUCAACGGCAACGACCAAUCAAUGGCAGACUCGACGAUGGAAACAGCUAGCGUCACUCAGUCUACUAGAAGUGGCACCACAGUCAGUGGCAUUAGUGGCAUGACCGCUUCUUUGGGCAUGGCCUCAUCCAUAGGAGCUACUUCAUCUUACAGUCUGAAGUCCAUGACGUCAAGUGCAAGCGGUGCUACCCUUGCUCCUUCUAGCAUUAGUGGAAGCUAUACCACUUCUAAAACAAAGAGUAGUUUGAAGAAGUCUCCUACGAAGAGGUAUACUCCUCGAGCUGCUGCGAAGGACUUUUCCAACUAUCCUGGGUAUAAUAAGUUGAGGUUGGAUAGCGCUGUGAGUCCGAAACAUUCGCCGAGGUCUGCUGCUUCAGGUGGCGUUGAGAAAGUACACUUCCAAGAGUCGCACAGUCAGAGUCAAUCCCUAUCCGAGCAGGUGGUCUACCGGCGAACGAACCGCAACACCGAGAACAGACACUCCAUGAUCCACUACGACCACGAACCUUCGAAGCCACAACUCAAAGAAAGACCGGUCACAGUGUACGAGCCCUUACAUUUGGACUACAGAGACUCUCCGACUUUAGGUUCUCCAAAAACCUCCAAAAAUGACCUUCGGAGUAUGGAUUCCUUGCCAAUGGACUCUCCACAAAUGUCUAGAAAUGAUGUAAGAUGUGAUUCGGACUGCAGAAGCCUGGACUCUCCAAAAGUGAAGGCUGAUUACUUUAGGGAUGGAGUGUUGGAAUCACCGAAGCUGGUCGCUGGACUAAGGAACCUGCAUCUUGAUGAGCAUAGCCAGAUGGAUGAGAGUGGUUACUAUAGUCCAGGGAGAAGGCAUCAGGUUGCAAGCAAUGAACAUCAGUAUGAGCCCUACGACGUCGGCAAUGCAGACGUGUCUGAGAAUAUACCUGAAACCAUCAGCUUGCACACGACGUGCUCCUGGUGUGGGCGGCGAGUGCGUGCGGAGGCGCUGGAGGCGCACUACUGGCGCCGCUGUGUACUGCUCGCGCGCUGCCCGCACUGCCGGGUCGCGCUCGAGGCCAGGAUGCUGCACACACACUUACUCGAGGAGUGUACUAUGAGCGAGGGGAGCUGGAAGGCGUGUCAUAAGUGCGGCGCAGCCCUCAGGACUGAUGACCCUGACUACCACGCCAAUUGUAUUCCACUUGGCAUGGACGAAUGGAAAUGUCCGUACUGCUUCACCAACGUGCUGGCUCGCGACCUUCCCUGGCAGAGGCACCUGAUGCAGUGUCCUCGGAACCCCAGGACUACGCAGUCCUCAUAG